UAAUUAUUGGUAUGGUUUCAAUAGAUUAAUUCUUUCCAUGGCUAAUUGCUUUUAAUGUUUUUUUUGGGGGGUAUGUUUUUAGCAGUACACUUACUGUUAUCUGUAAAUUGCCUUCCAGCAUGUUAGUGGCUUUAUUUACCGGGCUUAAUUUGAACUGACUAGCAGCCGCUCUCUGGGGUUUGGGGCAGAAGUCUUUUCCCUGUCCGACCUGGAGGUGCUGGGGAUUGAACCUGCGUCUUUCUGCGUGGAAAGCAGAUGCUGUCCCAAUGGGCUGUGGCCCUUCUUCCGUCAGAGGUGAAAGGCCAGGUCCAUGCUCAGCCGCAGCAGUAAUAGUAGUAUUCAUUCCUUAUAUUCCAGGGUUGCCUCUGCGAUUCAAAACCAAUUCCAGAAUCUAACUCUUGGACAGUACGGAACUAGAUAGAUCAAUGGUCUGACUUGGCAUAUGGUAGCUUUUGAUGCUUCCAGGCAUAUCAGCCGCCAGCAUCUGCACACCUAGGAUUAGAAGGCAAAACAGGGGUUUCCAGGGUUGGUCAGAUUAUAUCCCCCCCAACCCCUAUUUUAGGCAUUAAUUAUUGCAAGUAUUGUAGCUCCAGGGACCCUGGAAGCUUGUCAGAGCUUCUCUGAUGAUUGGUAAGAAUUGUAGGGAGUUUUCCAUGCAAUACAGCUUGCCCAUCAAUCCCAAUUUCCCUCUGCAACCUUUUCCUGAUAUAUAAGAGGUUGUUCCGUUGAUGAAGGGUGGUGGAGAAAGCCCAGCUGGCCCCAGAAUCCUUUGCAACAUGCAGCAGAUCCACAGCAGACCCUCAGGGUCUGACUGAUGUAAAAAGCAUUCAUUGAAGGCAUAAGGUUUGCAAAACCACUGCACUAGAAGAAAACAAACACGCACCUUUAAAAGUUAUGUGCAACAGUCCCCCACCUUGCUUCUACAUGUAACUGUGAGAUAAUAGGCAGUGCCUUAGCUGCAUGUUAUAUCAAUGCCGGAUUUACGUAUAAGGUAAACAAAUUAUAGCAUAGGGCCCCACUCUCUUGGGGGCCCCCAAAAAAAUUUACAGGGGGAAAAAACCUUGAUGUACAUUUCCAAAAUUUAAGAUAAAAAAACAAAUAGAAUAAAACCUACAUACAGCAAUAGUGUUUUGUGUGGUGUAGGAUCCUAUGAUGUAAGUAAAUCAACACAAAAAACAGCGACAAUUUGUUGUUGGCAAAGGACAGCUGGACAUAUAAAGGGCUCUGUUACCUUCAGUAGCUUAGGACCUCAUCAAACCUAAAUCCGGCCCUGUGUUAUAUGCAUGACCUGGAAGUUCAAAACAAGCAAGAGGAAGGCGCCUUGCUCCCUGUAGUAUCUGACGAUGACCUUACAACCUGAAGGUGGAACUGCUGCCUCAUAUGCCACCUUAUAACAGAAACACUUCUGACUAUUACGAUGCAUCCUUCCCUUUGCCAAGGGGACGUGGCUGGUGCUUAAUAGCCAGCCAUAGCAAUCCCAAGCAAACAAAAGUCUCAUUAUUUUGUUAGUAGACUACCUGUCUAAUUCAAAAAUGAAACACAGAUGAGAAAGUUAAGAAAAGGGCAAUGAAAGGUAACAGGAAAGGAACUGUGUUGCAGCAGGACAUAGUAAUGGUGAAGAUACAAGCAGGCAAAGCAGGUUAAAAUUCUGCCAAUGGACUCGGAAUCUGUUGUCCUGUUCCUUCUCUCAAAUACCUGAUCUCUGGAAUUUCCCAAAGGGCUUCAUGGCUUGGGGUCAGGAGGAGAGAAUGGUCUUGUAUUCAGGUCUGGCUUAAGUGUGCUUCCUAUUUAGGUACCUGGUUGGCCACUGUGAGAAGAGGAGGCUGGACUAGAUAGGCCAUUGGCCCAGUCCAGGGAGCUCUUGUUAGAUUCUUUUGUUAAAUGCAGGGCAAACAUUGCAGAAAGGUGAAGCGUCAUCAACCACAUCACUAGCUGUCUCAUGAACCAUUCCUCUGCACCAGAUAGAGCAAAGGUACUUCGCCAAUAUGGAUGUGAAUCUUUGAUGCACCAGUUGUGUUGUGCAAGGCAGAAGAAUUGCCACAAACUAAGCCUUUAAAAAGUUGGGGGGACAACAGGGAUUUUACAGGGCUAGCUCUUCCAUUGGGCAGAACUGGGCAGCUGCCUCAUAUGCUAAGGCAUGCAGAGUGGACAGAGUGCUGUGUGAGCCAGACAGCUUGCCCUGUGCCUUCUAAGCUAGUCUGCUGCCCUGAGGUGCAGUAAAGAAUGCUGUCCUGUUUAAAUUAGUCCAACGGGUUAGCUUUUCAAUAUGGAAUCGGGGUGAUGGAAAUCGCCAUCUUGUCCUUUGCGUGACACAUCAAAAUGUUUUGGGCUGCCAGACAGGGAAGUUGAUGGAGCACAGUAGUUCUGCGGUUUACUAAUGUUCUGGGUUCUUCAGAAUAUCUGAGGGAGCAAAUCAUCUCAGUACCUAUGGAUGUUGAUAAUAUUAGCCCAAAGUAUAUUUAAUAUGGUCUUGUAGCAUUAUAAGAAAAAUAAUGCUUCUAAUUUAAUUCUACAUUAGCCUUUCCUUUUUUUUCUUUUGCAUUUGUUGUAUUGCUGCACAGUGAUUAACAUUUUGUGGCAGAUCAAAUAUCAGAAAUGCAGGCAGGUAAAACAUUCUAGAGUGCAAUAUCCCCUUCCUGGACAUAGCUACCCUUUUUUAAAUGGGCUACUUGGGCAGCAAUUAAAAAAAGGAUGUGGCAUAUACCAAAUAUAAUCAGUGCAAGCCAGCAGUAAGACACGACAAGAGCGGGGACUCAGGUCUGUAGUCAAAUUUCACAUUUGAUAAUAAGCAUGUGUGUUCAAGAGGUGGAGGCAUGAAAUGCAUCUGUAUGUGUUUGUUUUUGGUCAAGGGCUCUGAAAUGAUUUUACCAGGUUAUAACUCUGCCCUCCCCCCAAAAGUCAAUAAUACAAGGAUGCAGUUUUGUGCACCAUUACUUAGAUGUAUAAGUCUUGAAUAAAUGUGAUUAGGCAUGGGCUGUACCUGUGGCAGCUGUUGCCCUACUUUUUACACUAGAUCAAUAUAGUUGUUGUCAUAUGUAGCUUCCAGGGAGUACUUGCAUCCCUACCCACGUGAGUGUGAACAAUGAAUCAUAUUCCAUAUACCCACCCACUGAAGCUUGCUCCUACUAAAGCUCCGCAGGAGUGGAGCUUUCAUUUCCAUUGAAGUUAGUCUCUCUCCAUCAGUUUUCCCUUGUGCUCUCCGGUCAUCAUUCCAGGCAGACAUUAGCAGAGGUGUUUUGGUCAGCUAGAAUCCCAUUGUGCAAAGCUCUCCCCCCACCCCAUCCCACUAGAUUUUUUUCCUGUGUGCUCACCUGCUUCCUUCCAGUCUCCAAGAUAUUAAAUUAUCUCCCCCCUGGCUCCUGUGACAUCUGUGCCAGAACUUUUCUUGCUGCCCUUACCGUGGGAACGUAAAAGAUUGACCUUUCCUUGCUCAAGUGCAGCGAUAACAAUGAGUAAUGAAAGGGGGCACGGGUGACGAAGAUAUCUGGGGCAUGGACUGCAGAGCUGCCUGCAGUGCAAGGUGUGUGUCAAGCAUCCUGCUUCAAAGAGGCACCAAGAGCCCUCUUGGGACUCAGUAACAGAAGUAACAGCACCGGCGAAAGAUGAGGCGAGCUCAGGAACCCAAGGAAACAGACUGAGAGAACCUGCUGAGGAUUGCCCAUUGAAAUGACUUCUGAUCCUGCACCUGGGAGAUGAAAGAGACAGACAACAGCCGAACAUGUGGACCAUCGUAAUAAUAAUCCUUUCCUCUUCGACACUAACUCAGGUCAGAGCCUUUAUUUCAUCAUGUGAAAUCAUGAAAAUUAUGACAACAGAAGAACAACUCUGCAGCUUGGUCCUCUCCAAGGAAGAAGUGAAUGUGACAAAUGGAAAUGAAUUGCUCCAGAGUUCAGACAGAUGCCUUGGAAUGUGGGAUAAUAUAACCUGCUGGCUGUCUUCUUCCAUUGGGCAAACAGUUAGCGUUCCUUGCCCCAAAGCCUUCCAAAUGGUAACUGGGAAAACAGGGUUUAUAUAUCGUAACUGCACCAAGGAUGGCUGGUCAGAAAAAUAUCCAAGACCCUAUAUUGCUUGUGGUUUAAAUGUGGAAGAGAUUAAUGCUCCUAUAGUUGCGUGGCAGCGUAGGGUGUCUUACCUGAGGAAGUUGGAGAUUGUGUACACCAUCGGAACCAGCGCUUCUCUAGUGGCGCUGACAAUUGCCUUGGGCAUUCUGGGUUCUUUCAGAAGGCUUCGCUGUACGAGAAAUUGCAUCCACAUGCAGCUCUUUGCAUCGUUCAUUUUGCGAGCUUUGGCAAACUUCAUCAGAGAUCCUGUCCUGUCUGAAGACACUGACGAUACAGUCUACUGUGAGUUACACAUGGGCCGAUGUAAGAUUAUCAUGGUCUUCAUUAACUUCUGUAUCAUGGCUAACUACAGCUGGCUUCUUGUAGAAGGGCUUUAUCUUCAUACCUUGCUGGUGAUGUCUUUCUUCUCCGAAAGAAAGUUCUUCUGGUGGUUUGUGGUUCUGGGAUGGGGCACUCCAACUUUCUUUGCAAUUGCAUGGGUCACGGCCAGACUAUUACAUGAAAAUGUUGGAUGCUGGGAUACUCAUCUUACAUAUGCCCGGUGGCUCAUUCAAGGCCCUGUGGUAGUUUCUAUUGUUAUCAAUUUCGUUUUGUUUGUUAAUAUUGUGAGGAUUCUAAUGAGCAAACUUAGAUGGCCAGAUGGAAGGAACAAGGAUUCCAGUCAAUACAAGAGACUCGCUAAAUCCACACUCAUCCUCAUCCCUCUCUUUGGAGUCCAUUACAUCAUAUUUGCUUUCUUCCCUUUCGAUACCACGAACGGCACCAUGGAGAUUCAAGCUCUGUUUGAAAAAGCCAUUGGAUCUUUCCAGGGCUUUGCUGUGGCUGUGCUUUACUGUUUUCUUAACGGAGAGGUCCAGCAGGAGAUCCACAGAAAAUGGCGGCAGUGGCACUUAAGAAAACACAUUCAUUCGCAGAAGCAUCACAGCUGCACAUUUCCGAAUGAUGUCAGUGGAUUCACCCAGGUGCUGCAGCUGAUGAAGCCCAGCCCCCAGGAGGAAAGGGGACCUUCUGCCCCAAAUCUGAGUCAAAUGUGAUGGAUCUUGUGCAGGAAAGAACUAAUUGCUCACUCGGAGGGAACUGGAAAGCUCAAGAAUUGAGAUUAUGGAUCUGAAAGCUAAAUUUGCCCCUUAAUUAGCUGUUCACGGAGUCUGGCUUUGUCUGUGCCCAGAAUCUUUAUUAUCCCCUGGAGGAGCUGGAGGAUUUUUUAAAUUUAUUUUUUUUACAAAGAUGAUGUAUGAAGAUUUGUUUCCUGGUGGAAGAUUCCCUUCUGACUACACCAUUCUAAGAUGCCAUUUUCUAGUGGGAUGUGAGUGCCAGAUUAAAAGGCUUUUCUGAUUUGUUUUGUACUGCUGAAUAUUGUGCGACAUUGAAUAGUUUGGGCAAGACAUGACUCAUCAGCUGCAUUUCCUUGGGGAAACAUUGUGUUGUCUGGAGACACUUUGUAGAAUACAAGCUUUAAAAACACACACACACACACAGAGAGCAAAAAAUUACACCCUUAACUGGCUGCAGGAUUCAACAAUGGAUUGUGAUCAGCACCGAAACUAGAUCUCACAGGUUUGCAGCUUUGGACCUUGGACAUUCAGCUGCCAUGAUGGUUGAGGGAAUAUUUUUUUAAUUACUUUACUUUCUCAGAAGAUGAUGUCUCUCUCAGCCCAUGUAUCUGUUGUUCAUGCUUUUGUAAUCCAGAGGCUUGACUGCUGUAACACAUUCUGUGAAGGGCUGCCUUGAUGUUUCAAGAAUAAGGAAGCUGGGUGCCAUAUCUAUUCUCCAUCGUCUAGCUUGAUUUCCUGUUGUCUUCUGGGGCUAAUCCAAGAUGCCUAGAAAGCCCUAAACAUCUUGCGUUUUGCAUAUAUUACAGACUACCUUUUCCUCCCAUCGUACAAUGAUCUCUUCAAUAAGCUGAGAAUGCCCAGCUAAUGAUCUCGGUACCAAACCAGAAAAGACCACAAACACAUGCAGAGUGUUAUUUGUGGUGGCUGAUGUAUUACUAUUGAACUCUUUCCAGGUAGACUUGCCAAAGCCAGAGCUAAGUUAGAUGUGUUUGCAAGACUGUUCUUGACCAGAUGAGUGGGGUUAAUGUGCAUUUCUUACCUCCUUAUUACUUUCAAUAGGUUGCAUGUCUGCAUUUUUUUAUAUAAACAUAUAGGUAGAUAAACAUGGCUUAGAGUCUUAGAGUUGGAAGAGACCUCAAAGGGUCAUCUAGUUUGACUGCAUGCCAGUAGAGCUUGAGCCGACAGAACUUCAACUGUAUCAUGUCCAGCACAAGUGGAACAACGCCACUCUGCCAGGCUGACUAGUGGAGACAAUCCCACCAUUAAAAACUACUUCCAAAUGUCA